AUGGUCCCCACCUUCCCUUACCAGGAAACCGGCUUGUCUGCCCUUGAAUCAAGAGUUGGUGUGGGCCCACCUGCUCGUGACCCAAGGUUUGAUGUGGGUUUUGGCCCAUCUGCCCGUGACCCUAGAUUGGAUGUGGGUUUUGGCCUGUCUGCCAAUGAUCUAAGAUCAAAUGUGGGUUUUGGUCUGUCUCCCCGUGAUCCAAGAUUUGAUGUGGGUGCCCGUGACCCAAGAUUGGAUGUGGGUGCCCGUGACCCAACAUUGGAUGUGGGUUUUGGUCAGGCUUGCCAUGAUUUGCGAUUGGAAAUUGGCCCGACUUUUCAAGCCCGUUCAUUAUAUGGUGAUUAUAUCAGACCAAAUAUGUACAAGUAA